GGGCCAAAGAGGCGCCACGACCUGGUUGGCCAGACGUGGGUUGGGGGUGUCGCGGAUUGGUCCCAGCCGGGAGCUCAGCAGUGUGGAGCUCACGGGGUCCUGGAGCCGGCGGCCUGAGGGAUGGACGAGACGAGCCCACUCGUGUCCCCCGAGCGGGCCCAACCUCCGGACUACACCUUCCCGUCUGGCUCGGGCGCUCACUUUCCGCAGGUGCCGGGGGGCGCGGUCCGAGUGGCGGCGGCGGCCGGCCCGGCCCCCUCUCCGCCGGGCUCGCCAGGCCACGACCGGGAGCGGCAGCCACUGCUGGAUCGGGCCCGGGGCGCGGCGGCCCAGUGUCAAACCCAAACCGUGGCGGCGCAGGCCCAAGCCCUGGCCGCCCAGGCCGCGGCGGCAGCGCACGCCGCGCAGGCCCACCGCGAGCGGAACGAGUUCCCGGAGGACCCCGAGUUCGAGGCGGUGGUGCGGCAGGCCGAGCUGGCCAUCGAGCGCUGCAUCUUCCCCGAGCGCAUCUAUCAGGGCUCCAGCGGAAGCUACUUCGUGAAGGACCCUCAUGGGAAGAUCAUUGCUGUUUUCAAACCCAAGAAUGAAGAGCCAUAUGGGCACCUUAAUCCUAAGUGGACCAAGUGGCUACAGAAGCUGUGCUGUCCCUGCUGCUUUGGCCGUGACUGUCUUGUCCUCAACCAAGGCUAUCUCUCAGAGGCAGGGGCCAGCCUGGUGGACCAAAAACUGGAACUCAACAUUGUACCCCGUACAAAGGUAGUAUACCUGGCCAGUGAGACCUUCAACUAUAGUGCCAUUGACCGAGUCAAGUCCAGGGGCAAGCGGCUUGCGCUGGAGAAAGUGCCAAAAGUUGGGCAGCGGUUUAACCGCAUUGGGCUUCCGCCAAAGGUUGGUUCAUUCCAGCUCUUUGUUGAAGGCUACAAAGAUGCAGACUAUUGGUUACGGCGUUUUGAAGCCGAACCUCUCCCUGAGAACACUAACCGGCAACUGCUGCUACAGUUUGAGCGGUUGGUGGUGCUGGAUUACAUCAUCCGCAACACUGAUCGAGGCAAUGACAACUGGCUGAUUAAAUAUGAUUGUCCAAUGGAUAGUUCUAGCUCUCGGGACACAGACUGGGUAGUGGUGAAGGAGCCUGUUAUCAAGGUGGCUGCCAUAGACAAUGGGCUGGCUUUCCCCCUGAAGCAUCCUGACUCCUGGAGGGCAUAUCCUUUUUACUGGGCUUGGUUGCCCCAGGCAAAAGUCCCAUUCUCUCAAGAGAUCAAAGAUCUGAUUCUUCCAAAGAUAUCGGACCCUAACUUCGUGAAGGAUUUGGAGGAGGACCUGUAUGAACUCUUCAAGAAAGAUCCUGGUUUCGAUAGGGGCCAGUUCCAUAAGCAGAUUGCUGUCAUGCGGGGACAGAUCCUAAAUCUGACACAGGCCCUGAAGGACAACAAGAGUCCCCUGCAUCUCGUUCAGAUGCCACCCGUGAUCGUCGAGACGGCCCGUUCUCACCAGCGGUCUUCUAGUGAGUCCUACACACAGAGCUUUCAGAGUCGGAAGCCCUUCUUUUCGUGGUGGUAGACCCAGAGGCGGACAAAGGCAUAUUGUCUGAGACUUGGGCUGGGAGGAAGCCUGGGGAGCGUUGCAGGAAAAGCCACAGAAGCCGGUGGAGAGCAGUGCCCUCAAGAGCCCUCUUUUCUGCUCGCCAUCCCCCUCAGAGCUUUCCCAAGCACAGGGAGAAGCACAAUCAGAGGGACAGCGUGUGUUGUUGGGCUCUUCUGAGUGCUGGGGAGGACUGGUGCUCCGUGCAAGGGAUCCAGAUGCCUGGGAAGGAGCAUCUCCCUUGGGGCAGGCUGGGAAACUCCCUUCCCUCCCUGACACUCCACUUUGUUACAAUUCCUCAUUAUAUUCUGCAUCAGAAAAAAAAAUACAAAUUUAAAUACUAGUAGCAAAACCCAGGCAGAAUCCCAGAUCCUCUUAUGUUUGAAACCUCUGAUCCAGACCUAAAUUCACACGGACCCAGACAUCCUCGUGCCUCACAGUUCCUUACUCCUGCGGACCAAGGCAGCUGGUGCCUCAAAAGUGCUGGGACAGAUAGAAGCCACGCUUUCCUUUGGCUUCUUGCCAAGUCUUCUUCCCCUUCCCCUCCCAUCAGUGCAAUAGGCUGACUCCAAACAUGAUUCUCAUGGUGGGGAUGCUUUUGCUCUGGGACUCCCAGUAGUUUUACAAUGAUCGUGUAGAUCACCUCUGCCCCCUGCCCCGCUAGGGACCCGUCCUCUGUAGUCCAGGCCUGUAGCUUGCUUAUCACUCAGGCAAAGGCAGGAGGGAGGAAGCUGACUCCCAGCAUGCAAAAGUGAUCCAUGCCUAAGUGUGUGCUGGAAGCUGUGAUGGUCUGUGGGUGAACCUACCCCAGCCUUGCUUCCUGAGUCCUUAGCCCGAGCCAAAGGUGAUAACCUAUCCCAGUCCUCUAAUUUGUUCCUUUUGUUUCAGGUAUUUUUUUCUCAACUCUUUCGACUUAGAGGUUUGGUUCUGGGUUCUGGAGUGGCUCUUGGUUAAAGUUCUGGGAUGGGUCUCAGCUCAUAAGAGGACAGGAUAUUAGGUCCUUGGACCUUCUUUUUAUGCUACCACUGCUGCCUGGUGGAGGUAACAGGACUUGUAUUCUGCCUCCUAACUGGCAGCUUCCCUUUGCUUUCUGACUUCUUGUUCCAGGCCAGUUUUUCCAUGGCUUCUUGAGAAAGGUGGGGCCCAAAGGAGAGGUCUUCACACUGUCCCCUAGUGCCUGCCCAGACCAGUGUGCGUCUCCUUGCUUCCAUGUCUCCUUUGCCUCAGCUGUCCCCCUUGCCAGCUGUUCCAGCCCUUUCCACACCAAAGCAAAGAAUGGCCUUGGGGGGAGUGAAGAGGGUGCCACCUGUGGCUCAGGGGCAGCCCUGUGCUACUGGACAUUGCGUUUCUGGCACCCUGUGAUAGGCCAAUCAGUCUUGGAAAGAAACUGUCUUGAAGGUUUGAUAAACAACCAAAGAAAGGGAGCGAGGACUGUGGCUGUGUGCCCUCUGCUUGCCCCGCUCCCGCCGUUCAGGAGGCAGAGAUGUGCAGCCCUCGUCAGCGGGGCCAGGCUGGUCCCCUUCCAGUCCAGCCCCCAGGAGCCAGCUGACCCUGGGCUUCCACCCAGCUGGCAGGAAGAGUCUGGGAGCGGGACAUGCAUGCCCUGUGGAUGAAGGCGCAACACCCCAACCAGCCCCAGCCCUGACAAUCCCACUGAGCUGGCCCAGACUCUGGCCUUGGGGGCACAUUUGUGGGAACAUGGGAACAGCAGGGCUCCCAGAGGCUGGAGGGGACGCAGGUGUGUCUGGCUCUCCUCAGACACCUUUACACAAACAUGGUGGUAAAGUGCCCCACCUGGGUGUCAAGAGAGCUGGUUCCUUCCCCCACCAAGCAGAUCUGCACGUUGCCCUCAUCCAGACCAGCUCUAGGAUGAGAAGGACAUGUGGUCCAACAUAAGAUGGAGCGGGUCCCAGUCCUUUCCUGGCCCACUUCCAUUCUCCUUGAAGCCUGUACUCAGGUUGCCUUGAAUGUGGACUUUAGGAGAGCCAGGGCCCAGAGUGCCAGGGCAGGCUUCUGGGUGGCACUCGUGAAACGGCCCAGCCCUCUGCCAGCCACAGGUCCUGUCCCCUUGUCAGGGAGUAGGGGUUGGGCUGCGACAGUGCUGCUGCCUCUGUAUUGUUCUAAUGCACUGUAGAAACUGUAUGUAAUGUAUUUAAAUCAUGCAGAUUACGAAUAACAAAUCCAACUCUGA